AUUCAACUCCAAUCUUACCCAUGUUCGCUCUUCGGUCCCCAAGAAGCCUUUUUUCCGUUUUUUGGUUCCUAUCCAGUCCGGAUCCGGUUGGAUCCCGCCCGGGCAACCCGUAUUUUCGUAUGGUUACCAUGUAUAGCUUAAAGUAAAAAAGCCUGUCCUCCCAUUUCUUUCGAGGUUUGCUAUCCAUGGCGACUCAAGGUCAAGUUAUCACCUGCAAAGCGGCGGUGGCCUGGGAACCCAACAAGCCUCUUGCUGUCGAGGACGUUCAGGUGGAUCCGCCUCAGGCCGGUGAAGUCCGAGUUAAGGUUCUAUUCGCCGCUCUUUGCCAUACCGAUGCUUAUACAUGGAGCGGCAAGGACCCCGAAGGUCUCUUCCCAUGCAUUCUUGGCCAUGAAGCUGCAGGUAUAGUGGAGAGCGUUGGUGAAGGUGUUACUGAGGUUCAGCCUGGAGACCAUGUUAUUCCCUGUUAUCAGGCAGAAUGCAAGGAGUGUAAGUUCUGCAAAUCAGGAAAGACCAAUCUUUGUGGAAAAGUAAGGGGUGCUACUGGGGUUGGAGUCAUGAUGAACGACCGCAAGAGUCGAUUUUCAAUCAAUGGAAAGCCCAUCUAUCACUUUAUGGGAACUUCAACAUUCAGUCAAUACACAGUUGUCCACGAUGUUAGUGUCGCUAAGAUUGACCCGAAGGCGCCGUUAGAAAAAGUGUGCCUUCUUGGCUGUGGUGUACCCACAGGUCUUGGAGCAGUUUGGAACACUGCAAAAGUUGAACCAGGCUCCAACGUUGCUGUUUUUGGCCUCGGGACUGUCGGUCUUGCUGUGGCAGAGGGUGCCAAAGCUGCUGGUGCUUCACGAAUCAUUGGGAUAGAUAUUGACAGCAAAAAGUUUGACUUAGCUAAGAAUUUUGGUGUGACUGAAUUCAUCAAUCCAAAAGACCAUGACAAACCAAUACAGCAGGUUAUCGUCGAUCAAACUGAUGGUGGGGUUGACUAUAGUUUUGAGUGCAUUGGAAAUGUCCAAGUGAUGAGGGCUGCUCUAGAGUGCUGUCAUAAGGGCUGGGGAACAUCAGUUAUCGUAGGUGUUGCAGCAUCUGGCCAAGAGAUAUCAACGCGUCCGUUCCAGCUGGUGACUGGUCGUGUUUGGAAGGGAACUGCUUUUGGCGGCUUUAAAAGCCGCUCACAAGUACCUUGGCUUGUGGACAAGUAUAUGAAGAAGGAAAUCAAAGUGGACGAGUACAUUACACACAACCUGACACUUCCAGAGAUCAAUGAGGCUUUUGAUCUGAUGCACGAGGGAGGUUGCCUUCGUGUUGUGCUGAGUAUGCAUUCAUGAGUAAUGAAUGAGCUCGUGGCUUUAACGUUUGGCAUGGUGUGUGUUUCCAAGAAUCUUGGACCCCAUCCCCCCCCCCCAAAAAAAAAGAAAGAAAAGAAAACCUUUCCCCUUUCUGCUGCCUCAAAAAUUGGGCUUGUUUUUUUUUUUUUUUGAAGAAAUUACGGUGUAUUUUGUGUGAUAACCUUUCUUUGCCCGUUGUCUUGGAGGCUAUAGGGAGUUAUUGUUAUGUUUUGGCUUUGCUUUCAACGUUCAAAGUGCUUAAUUUGAUUAAAAAGAAAAGCAAAAGCCAAAUAUAACCAACCAUAACUUCCUAAAGGCUUUAAGUUACUUUAUGAUUUUUACUUCCUUUUUGCUAUGGAUUGUCAAAGGUUCGAAGUUGCUAUUGAUGAUUAACAGUCU